AUGGCGCGAGUUGACGAAGAAGGGCUGGACCUAAAAGAGAUUAACGGGACUCAGCAACGGCCAAAGGGACCUGCCACCCGGUGGGAACGUCAAAGGAAAGAAUGCGUCGACUACUUUGUUGGCUGGUUGGCCUUUGGGCAGCCCACGGCGACUGCUGGAACGGCCGCGACGGCCACAGCAACUGCUGCAACGACCACAGCGACUGCCGCGACGGCUACAGCUACUGCUGCGACGGACCGGACGGCACCGACAGGCACGGCGACUGCUGCGACGGCCACGGCGACUCCUACGACGACGGGCCUGCCACUUGCUCAGGCAGCGGCUAAGCGUCUUGCAGCUACGAAGCCUAUACAAGCGACGAAGGCGGCUCCUGAGACUCUCCGGCGAGGACUGCCGUUGCUCCGGCCAAGGUGUGGAGCGGCGGCCAAGCGCAAGGCGAUGACGUCCAGGGCGCCUUCGAAGCAACGCAAGAAGGCAACGGUGACGCCAGCGGACCUUCCGGAGAAUACAGCAGAAGAUGUUUCGGAUGAGGCGAUGGAUGUUGUGGAGACUCCCAGCCAUGGCGUACCGGAGACGGCGGUAGUGACAGAGGAUGCGGCUGAACCAGGCGUUACGGAGGGGAAGAGUACAGCGCGGUGCGUUCCAGAAAUGGCCAGCGCUGUUCCGCUUGACGACGUUGACUUGGACAGCUUCUUGGAUGCACAGCGGCGUCAUCGACUCUUCGCCGAUGCUGAUCAGGAUGACCUCAAUGUUGAAGAAGACGUUUGGACCCUCUUGCUCUACUCGGAUGCUGGAGGUGGCGACGAAACCAUUGCGUGGGAUCAAGCAAGGAUUAUAGUGACUCGGGUUCUCAUUGACAAGUCGAGAUCGAUGGAUUACCUCGUAGAUAACCACGAUAGCCGCAUGAUCGCAAUAAACGUCAUAAUGAAAUGGCCCAAUGCCAGCUACCAAUGGCUUCCAUGA